AUGGACGAGAAGGUCACGUCUCGGCCAAGACUGUGCAAUCAGUUAGCACUGAUUUCUGAAUGGGGUUUUCAGAGACUGUUCGACAACUUAAAGACCUUUGAUUAUCAAGCAACUAAUUUGUUGAGCUGCAUGACGUUGGACGUCGAAAAUUGCCACUACACCGUUCACAUGAAGCAGGCUAACAUGUCUGCGAAGGAGUACAGCAGAUCCUUCGGAGUUACGAUGAAAGAAUCCGUCAAGAGAGUGACCCAGUGGGGGGCAUAUUACCACACGAGCAGAAAAUCGUGGUAUCCAAAACCUGAAGAAACGAUUUCAUUUUCAAUAGUACCUACCAUGAAACCCUUACCUGUCGUUGAUUUAUCGCAAGCAGACUGCGAAAUUCUACGAAACGGGGCCUCCUCUUAUGGGGCUGCUGUGCGACAACGGACAGUGCGCCAAGAAACAACAAUGGCAAAGCAUGGUACUCUACCAGAAUUCAUGUACCAGAGAGAGUGUGUCGCAUUAGACAACCCGGUCACCAUCACUUCUGCGCAACAUGAAGGUGCCAAGGCCACCAAAACAGUGGAUGACCAAACAGCAGAAGAUGAUACAGCAGAUGAGGAAUUGGUGGAUGAGUUCGAUCCUAGUAGUGAUGAGGAAAUUGAGGAAACUACUGAUGAAAGUGCUCUAGUUCUUCAAGGAACUCUUCAAGGGGAAAUCGGAAGCGCAGCAAACUUCCUCCUUGGUGCACGAUCUCGAUUUGGCAGAGUUAUUCGAUUUAAUAACCGUUUAUUGUACUGA